UUAUAUUCAUAGCAUAUGGACUUUUUAUUUCAAUUUCAUUUCAGGGAGGGCUUGAGGAUAGCUGCGAAAGCUAAGUCUGGAAACUCGAUUGGUCAUAUGUUCAAAGAUACAAAGACUAAACCAAAGAAGUUUGGGUACAAAUCCAAGACUCAGUCCUAUCCUGUCAGGAAGAACGUCCAUGGCAUCUCUGAUGAAGGCAAUCAGCAGCUCAGCAAAACGGUUGGCAGAAAACCAGCUGAACAACAAAAAUCAACAAACAAACAGAAUGGUAGUUUGAAAAGAGAAGUUUUGAAUCAGAGGAAUGCUAGUCAUACUACUAAAGCCCAGGAUCAGAAGGAGAAAGCAAAAAGUAAUUUCAUUGAUAAAAACAAGAAGGCUCUGAGUAAGAAAGAAAAGAUUUUGAAACAAGCAGACACAGUGACUCUUACUCAGGAUCAACUUAAUGCAAUUCUCAAGACUAUUGGAACAGCCGGUGAGUCAGCUGGAGCUCCAAGAUUCUCAAUUGAUGCUGGUAAACUGAAGGUGAAUUUGAGUAGCAUCAAUGAGCAAACUGCAGUGACGGAAAAUGAGAAGGAAAACGUUGCUUCAGCAGACAUUGAAGAGCCAGUAAUCUCUAUCAAUCAAUACAGUAAUAAUAAUAAUGAUCAGGUAACUCAGGAGGUUGCCUCUCAUGAGGAGAGGACAAAGGAGUCGCCAAGAACAACCGACCCUGUGCAAAAGCAGUCUCCUAGGAUGGGACAGUCAGAUAUCAUCAACACCAUAGGCAUGACCGAACAGAAUGAUAAGUCUUUGAUGGAGAAGAAAAAGCAACAAUGGAAGCGGGAGCUUGAUGCACAGCUUGCUGCAAAAAAAGCUGCUCAGGAGAAAGAUGGAAGGGGCCGGAGGGGUCGCAGCCAGAAUGAAGAGAACUCUGGAUGGAAUCCUUGGGGGCAGCCUGGGGGUGGGGCCCCACUCCGGAGUAGUGUGGAUGUUUUGUCUCCCAGAUAUAAUCCAGCAGUGAGUACUGGUCACCCAAGUCCGGGUCGAAGUAGCAGAGGUCAAGGGUCAAACGACAUGUUGAGUCAGUCAAUCUCUGGUGUUACUCACAUAGAGAGUCAGAGGAAUGUACCUGCAGCAAUGAGAAGCUCUUUUGUCAUUGGGGGAAUAGCUAAUGAACGAAAUGACGAAUUGAAAAGGAAGGAAAAACAACAAUGGCUUCAAGAUUUAGAGAACCAGAAGAGAGAGGCUAGAGAGAAGAAAGAGCAGGAAAAGGCCAGCAAGCGUGCCUUAGAAUCGGCUGUAGCACAGCAUUGGGCAGAACCUGUUGAGCAUCCACCCUCCAGGAUGAUAUCUAGAAUGGAUAACAAGGUUAACCAGGUACAAGAUGACUCGAGAGUAAUGAGUAGGAUGGCAGCUGAGAGGAAAGAACAGGCUAAGGAAACUGAUCAACCAAAAAGUGCUCCCUUGAACUCUUCCCGUUCUCCUCACACCAUCGAUGAGGUUUCUCCCAGAUCACAUCUAAGACCUUCCAAUGCUUUGACUGAUCCAGCUGAAAUGGAGAGAAGAGAGGCACAGAAAAAGAAGCAUAUGGAACACAUGGCUUUUGUCCAGGCCCAGGUGGAGGAGAAACGGAGAAAGAAGCAGGAGGCUUUGGCUCUAAGACGCCAGGAAGAGGCUGAACAGGAGAGGAAGUUGGCUGAGGAGAGAGAUCGACUUGCCAGAGACUUUGAGCAUGAGCAGGAGAAGGUGAGGAAGAAAGAAGAGGCUGCUGCUGCUAAGCAAAGGGCCCUGGAAGAGAGCAUGCAGAAUGCACAUGAAGCAGCCAUGAGGGAAAAACAUGCAGAAAGGAUGAGGAAGCUUCAAAGGCAGGGACACGAUGUUACCAACCUUAGGAAAAGCUGGGAAGAAAAACGGCAAAGUCCUGAGGUAUCCCCUAGACUUCCUGUCCAGGUUACUGUAUCUCAUCCUCAGCCUGAUUUGAAACCAGCUACCUCAAUCAAUUUCUCACCAAGACGAGAGAGAGGUCCCUCUGCAGACCUUCAAGGGAUUCCUCAAACUGCAGCCUCUCACAUCCAAGAUGCUGCAACUUCCCCCAUUAAUGAAGUAUCAACACAAACUGAUGUUCUGGAUGAAAACUACAUAUCUCCCAGACUGAUUGAAGCCAUACGACGGGCAAGUGAAGGAGCAGAGUACAAACCUAAGAGCAAGAAACGUUCUGAUCAGGUAAAGAGCAAGCAUCCUGCGGAAGAAGGUAGAAGGAAGGACAAAGGAAUGAAGGUGGUUUCUAUCAAAGAGGAAGUGUCAGAACAGAAAGCUAGCAAGGGGAGAAAAAACACUGAUGCUGCCAAACCAAAAUGGGGACAAAAUGCACAAAGCAAGAAGGGGAUGAAGAAUUCUGAUAAGGAUAUGUCAAUGAGCAAACACAAAAGGGAAGAGAGACUGAGGAAGAGACAGGAGGAGUUGAUUAGUUUACAGGAGAAGAGUGCUCCCAGGAGGUUGUCUCAGACCAAGCAAACUCACGUAGAGAAUGAGGGUCAGGGAAGAAAAUCAAGAGCUGAUACAAAGCUGUCACAUCACUCGGAUGAAAAAGAAAGUAAAGCUACCAAGGCACAGCGUGAGAGAGCAGGUUCAAGACGAGAGGCCAUGUUAGCACAAGAAAGAGUGAUGUCACAGCAACAGAGCAGAAAGGAUUUCAGACCGUCUUCCAGUGAUGACAGCUACAGUACGCAAACACCAACACUCGGAAACAAUGACUUUGUACCAUUCAUGAGAACUGAGGAUGAUGAGUUACUUGAAGGUAACAUAUCUAUUAGCCCUGCUCCUGCUCCUGCUCCACCAAGACCGGCCCCAAAGACAAAUGAUGCAUCACCGAGCAGAACAUCCAGGCAUUCUAGGCAAUCACAUAGAGAAAUGGAUCCAUUGUUGAAUCCAGACAGACUGAAAGAUAAAGAACAUAGACAAGAAGAGAUUCUCAUGCAGCUUUCAACAUUAAGACAGGGUCUUCUGAUGAAGCAGAGAGAGCUGGAGAUUGGUUUAUCACCUUCAUCACCUGUGAUUAUAUAAAGUGACUGAUUGCUUAGUCUGUCCUCCAUGAUUUAUUUGACUGAAAGUAUUCAAUUUAUUGCUAUGAAAUACAUGGAAUUCCUUUUGAUUAUAACUCACAAAUAGUCAUUAAAAUUAUGUUUACAAUGUCUGAUUGUGAAAAAAAUUGAAUGUACGCUCAUAUUUGUGAAAAAAAAAUUCAUGCAUAUAUUUAUCCAGGAAAUUAGCUCUCUUGCCAUUGAGAACAACAUCUCGUGCAAAAAAUAAAAUAGUCAUAGUUUGGACUAGUGUAGUAACAAUGGCUGUGGUAUCAGUUGCUUCACAUUCACUUUUCUAAAUAAUGACAAUUACAAUACUAGAGACAACCUGAUGCUAUUUUUUAAUCUCACGCAAGACCUAAUUUUAACUAGCGGUCACGGUUUAAAGCAUAGGAAAAAAUAGUAGCACAAGUCUCUUACUAUAAUCAUCUGCUUCCAUUGUACAUUGAGUGAAGUCGCCUGUUACCUAGUGAAAGGUAUUUGCCAUUGAAAAUGUAUGUAUUCUAGGUAUUUAAAAAAAUUGAAUUAAGUAAAUUAAACAGAUUUUGUGCAAUAUGUUGAUAUUGUCAUUUGUGUGCAGAUCUUCUUCUUUAUACGUAAAUUUAAUGUUCUUUCAUCUGUAUGAAUUUUUCAAGUACCGGUACAUAUGUAGAUGUAAUGUUAAAAUUAAAUAACAUUAAUGAUUAUAAUCCUUGUCAUUUUCCAAGUUUUGGAAUGUAUUUGAACACAUUUUGCAUUUCUUUCUUUAUGGCUUCUAUGCCUCACCUUCUGUAAGCAGCACAAUCUGAAGAAGACGAAAGACUCAUGAAUUUCUAUAGAUACUUACUUCAGAUUAAAAAAUGCAAAUCUUAUUUAAGGUAUGAUACCUAGUAUUUUGAAUACUUUUGAUUAAAAAUAAGAUUAUUAAUAUAGCUCAUAUGUAAAAUCUGUAAUUCUUCAUAAUAUGUCAACUUUUUAGGAUGUUGAUCAUGAAGAAAGCAUAUUGGUUGUCAUGAAAAGUAUGCAUUUAAACCUGUAUACAGUUAAAAUAUAUUCAUUUCAAUUUAGAUACUGAAGGUAAAACAAAUUUCUAGCAUUAAAUAAAAAUAAUAAGAUUGUCCUUUAUUCAAAAGUAUAUUCAAAUUUGAUUUGGAACUCGUAAAUUAAUAGAAAGAAAAAAAUCCCAGCUCUUGACAACAUAUCCUUUGUACCUGUUCUAGUGUAACACUUGUAAUUGUAUUGGAAAGCAGAAUGGGGGCAGAUAGAAUGUUGGUGCUAAAACCAUCUGAGAUAAAGUACAAGCAACUACCUGGAAAAUGCUAAUACAAUGGGUGAUUUCAAUUAUGGUGUUGACCUUUUUUUUUUUUUUUUUUUAAUCUUUAUAUUAUGUCGCCAUAACACUACACUUGAAAUAAAGACGGUCGUGGGACAAAUCUCUCUAGGUGUUCAGCAAUCAAUUAUGUGUUUGGGAUAAUUUUUAUAAACCCACAUUUAGUUUUUAAAGCUAUUGAAGGCAAUCUAAAAUUUGACUCUACCCCCAACAUCUAAAUAGAAAUCACCCAACAUUAAUGGUCUGAAUUCACAUAGCAUUACCAUGUUUGCAUGAAGACUAUUGUCUUUUAGCACAGAAAAUGAUAAUUGAAUAUUUUGUUAAAUUACUAAUUCAUUUUUAAUAAUUAUUUCAAAUAUUAUUUUCUAUAGGAUGCACUCUUCUUCUUUAUGAGGUACUUAUAGUGACACUUAUGUAUUGAAAAAAUGCUUAUAUUGCUUUAUUUUGGAUUAAGAAAUGAAAUAAAAAUGCAUGUCGAGGUAUGACUUUUAAUAUUUUGAAAUCCUUGUAUAUUUCUUGCUUAUAUUUAUUGCAUAACAGUAAAUAUAAUCUAUGUUUUUGCUGUUGUCUUUGUUGUGGAUAAUAAACUUUAAAUCAUUAUUGGAAAUUCAUUUUUUAUGUACAGGUAUAUUCAUUGUAAACAUGCAUUUUACAUUUUUGUGGUUUUCGUAUUUUCUCAAACUUUUGCUUUUUAAAUGCAGUCUCUCACAAGUGAUGUAUUAUAGAUGUCACAUCGUCCCUUUGAUUAAUCAGAAGCAUAAAGCGUUUUGGGGAUAGGAUGAAAAAAAUUGUGCUUUAAGCCAAGCACAUGUUAUGCAAUGCAAUUGCAUUAAGAUCUGAUUGCAACAAAAUUGCAAAGUGUAUGCCAACUUGCAACGUCUUGCAUCUGCAAUCUGAUUUGCUGCAGAAGAUCGCAGACUGAAAGUCAGAUAUUGGAUGUUAAAUCUUCCUGCGAAUUUGAUAAUUUGAGCCAAUCAGAUUUGUCCUAGAUGAUGAUGUCAUGACCAAUUUGCUACGCCGCUGCAGUGCAUUCCAUGUAGAUGCAGCUCGUUGGCGUUGUAGAGCUGUUGCUAUGUGUGCGCUGGCCUCUGAUGCGAUUGGCAAUCAGAUCUUUGUGAAAUUCCCUAGUGGGCUUUACCCAGACAACCAAGUAAAAUGGUUUGUACAAUGUGUACAUAAAUAUUCCUUUUGUUAUAUUUACAGCACAAAAUGCAGGAAAGAAACUCAUCAAUAAAUGUGAGAAUCCAUUAAAAGAUGGCAGAAUUAUGUAAUUUCAGUUUUUAUUCUGUGGCGUAACUUGUGAGCUGCUCCUAUUUUCCAGUGAAUCAUGAAUUUUAUGAAUUGACUUUUUUUCCAAUAUUUUAUCCAUAGAAAUAUAUAAAUUUUUUAAAUGGAAUUUAUGCUCCCCAUGUUCCUAAUUUUAUUACAUGUAGAACUUGACUUCAUAGUGCAGGACCUUUUUUAUGCAUACAUUGCGUCUGAGAAGUAAGCAAACCAGGAUUCUCGAUAUUAUGUGUCAAACUUAGGCAAAUGACUUAUAUUUCAUUCAUACCAUCAUUAAGUAUCAUCUUUAUUUAUUAUACCCUAGAUGGUAUGAAAUAUUCAUAGAAUUCAGUAAAUCAUGAAAU